AAAAAGUUUUUCGUGUAGCAGUUUCCAGGUUUUCAGUUCCAGCUGUUACUACAUCUGCUUUACAUUUCGUUACUUAUACGUGACUUGGCUUGUACUUAAGUUGAGUUGAUUGCCAAGACAAUUUAAAAUUUGUGACUUGAAGACAAGAGUAAGACGGUGAAAAAAAAUAAACAAAAACAAAAAAAUGGAUUCUGUUGGUGCUGCUGCUGCCGCUGCUAAGCGUGUUCAAAUCGAAAAGGCACACAAUUUCAUGCGCCAAUACCGUGAUCCAGAAUCACGUGAACUUAAGAAGCUCUCUGCAAAUCAGUUCAUGGAUGUUUGGUCGCAUUAUGAUAAAGAUGGCAACGGUUAUAUUGAAGGCACCGAGUUGGAUGGCUUUUUGCGUGAGUUCGUGGCAAGUGCAAAUGCAACAGAUAUAAGUCCUGAAGCUGUCACCGACACAAUGCUGGGGGAGUUGAAAUCAUGUUUCAUGGAGGCUUACGAUGAUAAUCAAGAUGGCAAAAUUGAUAUAAGAGAGCUUGCUCAACUUUUACCAAUGGAAGAAAAUUUCUUGCUACUUUUCCGUUUCGAUAAUCCAUUGGAAUCCAGUGUUGAAUUUAUGAAGAUAUGGCGUGAAUAUGAUACCGACAACUCUGGCUAUAUUGAAGCUGAUGAACUCAAAAACUUUUUACGCGAUUUACUCAAAGAGGCCAAAAAAAUUAAUGAUGUUUCCGAGGAUAAAUUAAUUGAAUACACUGACACAAUGUUACAAGUUUUUGAUGCUAACAAGGAUGGCCGUUUACAGCUCUCAGAAAUGGCAAAAUUAUUACCAGUUAAGGAGAACUUUUUAUGCCGUCAGGUCUUCAAGGUGAGUACAAUUACAAACUAUUCGUUCUUCAUUUUUACAUAA